AUGUCAAAUAAUUCCCAUGAUUCUCUGCAGGGCCCGACCGGGCACCGGACCACCUCGUUCUCCGUAUUGGACAUCCUGGACCCUAACAAGUUCACGAGCAGCCGCCGCCUCCCGCAGCAGCACGCGGGCCACCGGACGGAGCGCGAGCUGGGCGCGUUCGGAGCGGAGAACCGGAGAGGAGGCGCGGGGGAGCCCGGCCUGGAGCCCGGCCUGGAGCCCGCCAAAGGCUGCUUCGCUCCGGAGGAGUACCCGAGCAAGGAAGGCUUUGUGUUCCGAGGUCCAGAUGAGGAGGACUACCACAGAGCCGGGAGCCCCGACUCAGAGGCUCCAGACGGGCCCUACAGCAGUGAGGAGAGCAGCUCAGCUCUGCCGGGUAAUGGAGACAGAGAUCUGGGCCAGCACAGCCACCAGGACCCUGGCAGAGACACCAAAAGCCCCGGAGGAGGCUCCGCGGGCCAGAUCAGCGACGUCCAGAGCAGCGGGGGCCAGGGCCCGCAGAGCAAACCCAAGAGGAAGCGCUCCGGCUCGGACUCCAAGUCGGGGAAGCCCCGCAGAGCCCGGACUGCCUUCACCUACGAGCAGCUGGUGGCGCUGGAGAACAAGUUCAAGUCCACGCGCUACCUGUCGGUGUGCGAGAGGCUCAACCUGGCCCUGUCGCUCUCUCUCACCGAGACCCAGGUCAAGAUCUGGUUCCAGAACCGCCGGACCAAGUGGAAGAAACAGAACCCGGGAGCCGACACCUCGGCCCCGACCGGCUCCGGUGGAGCAGGAGGACCAGGGGGAGGAGGCCUGGGGGGCCUCAGCCCUCUCAGCCCGUCCCCCCCCAUCAGCGGGCACCUGGCCAUGCACGCAGGCUACGGCCACCAUCACGCCCCUGCCAGCAGCCUGGUGCAGCUGCCUUUCCUCACAGCCAGCCACGUCCUGUCCCCCUUCAUGCUGGGGACACAGAGCUACGCUGCACCCGCUUUCUACAGCACACACCUGUAGACAGAGCGAAGGACACACACACACAGCGUGAAGACUCUCAGACUCGCGGACAGACUUCUCUCCUUUUUACUACCAACGUUUGAAGGCUUUCAUUUCAACGGAUUAUUUUGAUAGAAUGUGAAUAUCUACCAGAAACUGUACAUACAUGCUAUAGCUCCCUAUUCAGAAUGCUGUUUUAAACCACGUGAUAGACAAAUAGUUGAUUUCUUUGUUUAAAAAAAAAAAGUUGGUAUGAAUAUUGAAUGUUUAUUUAUGACUUAAGGAAUGGCUUGAUCUAUCGUCAGUACCGUGUAACUCCAGCUGUGGUUGUUUUCAUUUCUGUUAUUUAUUGAAUAUGUUGACAGUUUACAUAAAAUCCUUGGAUGUACUGAAUUCUCAGCUCAACAUGAUAUCGUCCUUUGAUAUUAAAAUAAUGCCAAUGAAA